UUGUAGCGAGCUAGUCAGCUCCUUUCACGGGAGAGGAAAACGCAAUAGUACUGAAAGAAUAGAUAAAGCUAAGCUUUUUAUCUUUAUUUUUAGUGGGAAUAGUAUUGUUUUUGUGACUUACUAUAUUGUAUAUCGUUGAUAUCUAGUACGAAUUUGAUGGCAUAUGUCAUUAUUAUGCUUUGCAAUUUUUGAAUGAUUGUUGGUAUCAGUAAUUCAAACCUUAACUAUGUCCAGACUAAGAAAAGAAAUGGGAAUAAGUGAAAAAUUGCUUGCAUCAUUAAAUGAGAAUAAAAUCUUUACAGUUUUAGAUUAUCUUCAAGAAGAUUCUGAAAAACUAUCUUCAGCUUGUAAUACUUCUUUCAAGGUAAUAUUAGAAGUCAAACACAAUCUUAUCACAAAUUUGUCUGCACUUCCUAUCCAUGGAAUGUCUGCGUAUGAAAACUUACUAUCAAGUUCUGCUUUGAUACCGUCCGGGAUUGAAAGUCUUGACACACUACUUCAAGGAGGGUUCCUGACAGGUAUGGUGAUUGAGUUGUGUGGCCUGUCAGGUGACGGCAAGACUCAACUAUGUUUCACCAUCUCUGCCCACGUGGCAGCUGCGUUAAAGCAGUCUGUUCACUACGUCGAUACCAAAGGAGACUUCUCGGCUCAGAGAGUCCUCGGCAUCAUCAAACAUAAAAAUAUUCCUGAAGAGGAGUGUGCAGCUGCCUUGGAGAGGAUCCAAGUGACAAGGAUUAGUGAUAUUUAUGAGCUCUUACGUUUCCUUCAUCACCUCAAGAGCUGCCUGGGUGAGGAUGAGAGCAUACCUCCACGAGUGGUCAUAGUGGAUUCAGUCCCACCUCUCUACUUCCCCUUCAUGGCCAGUGAUACCAACCAAGGUUUUGGGCUUCUUAAUAACAUGAUGAGCAUGAUGAAAGUGAUGGCCACAGAAUACCACAUACUGUUCAUUGUUGUCAACCUGGCCUCCACCUUUGUAGAGGCAGAGGUUUGUGAUAACGAGGGAGCAGAGGAUAACAGGGAUGCAAUAACGAGUGAUGUUCGUCCGAUGCUGGGCAAGUAUUGGCUGCAUGCACCCAACAUGCGACUUCUUGUCAGCAAACUCAACAGCGAAGCAGCUCAGAGACUGAUAAGGGUCACCAAGAGUACCUACCUACAGACAGGAGCCUCCUGUGUUGUUUGUGUAUCAGAAAAAGGAGUUGUGUGAGAUGGAAAUGCCUUUGUUUUGAACAAUUAGUGAUAAUACCAGUCUCGUGAACUAAUUCAUUGUUUUUUUAGUGUAUCGCCAUGAUGGUGGUUUCAACUGAAUGUCACAGCUUUUGUAUUUGUUACUUAUUUCAUUGUUGUGUAAUCAACUUUAAGUGCCUUUAUCAUUCCAGCUUUCAUAUUUCUCUUUUGGAAAUCUUUGUCAUGCACACAAGACACAAUACUACAUGCUCAAUGUGAUAACAGCUAUACUGAUUUCUUAGUUAACCAUGGCAAAUUUGGGAACAAAGCAGAUAUUUCAUAUGCAACACUAUAUAGCUAAGAUUCAGCGUUAUUAUCAUGUAAUUAAUUGUGACGCUUUUACUUGUAAAUAGUAUUUAAAUAAGUAAAAAAGCUGAAGUAAUUUAAAGACGUAGAUUUAUAAGACUCUUGUCAUGUAAUAUUAAAAUCUCUAUGAAUAAAUUAAUUAAUUUUCAA